AUGCCCGGUCCUGUCGAGUUGCACCUUCAACCUAGCCCACAAGAGCUGGCACAGCUCCAAGGGUCCUACAUAGGCCCGAUUAGGGAUGAGACGCCAUUCGAGUCGCACGUCCGCUACACAUUACUCACACCAAUCGAAAUUCACGGGUCGGCUAAUAUAGACGGAAAAGACGAACCUGCGAGCCUCAUUGGAUUCGAAUUAUUCAGCAGUCCAGAGAGUCAUAGGAGAAGAAUUACGCAAAUCAUAGUUUCGCUCCAGUUCUUCUACAGCGCUCAGGACACAGUUAAUGCGCUCCACCCCCAGAUUAUUGACAUAGAGCCGGAGAGUCCACCGCUACUGAUCAAUUGCACCCGGGAGGAGCAUCAAAUUAAGGAAGACAUUCGAUACAACGUCGAAAUUCACGGAGGCGGCAAUGUUGGCGGCGCUGACAUUGGCGGAAAGGCCAAUGCAGAGAAAGCGAGAACAGAUGAAUCUAAGCGUGUUCUUGAGUUCGCUGCAACCGUCAACGGUUACAGAAGUCGAUCAAUGGGGCGAAAAAUGAGCAUGACGGACUGCGUUACCUGGAUAGCCAACGAACAGCCGGAGAAACGAGGUUUUGAUGGGGUUCCUCCAGACAUUCGCUGCAUGUUACUGCUAAUUCGGCCCUGGACAGAACUCGAUUUCUUGUGCCGUAUAAAGGUUGACGCCAAAGUUGAUUGGCAUUACGACAUGAAAGAAUGGUGGUCCUCUAUCAGAAAUUGGGGUCGAUCUACGACGACGACCUUCAAAAUCACAGAUUCCCGCGCGGAAGGGCUGACUAUCGAUAAGACGAACCUACAAACAUAUCAAGGAGAGGAGCUCCGCAACUUAGUCAAGAUCCAGAUGUCGCAGCUGUAUGACAGUUAUGAGAGAGGACCUGCUCCUGAAUCUGGCGCGGAGUAA